AUGGCUUCUUCGUCUACGGCCUCACCAUUCUGUACAUGGCUACUUGCUGCUUGCAUAUCUUCGCCAUAUGAGAAAGACCACCCUAUGAGGUCCUCUAUAUUUCAGUCUCCGAAGAGACUGAGUCAGUGGGCGAGAAGAAAGAAGCUCAUUUCGAAAUGCAGCUAUGUUGGUGGGGCAGAUUUUGCUAGCAAUUUGAGUUCCUCAUUCUCUGUAUCUGGCGUUCAUAACCUGAUGAGUUCUUUCCUGGCUGCUGAGCCCUGCUAUGAUUCUAAAGUGCUGUAUGAAUCUUUGGCUUUCUUUGGUUCGAAGAGGUCAAGGACUAGAAGGCAAAGGCAAAUGAAUGGUGCUGUUCACUCUGGCAUAACUAUGGCUGUGCCUGUGCAAAGAGCAGAACAAGGCACAACAAAGAAAAAACCUCUAACGAAACAAAGGCGGGUUGUUGUGACAGGAUUGGGUGUGGUAACCCCGCUUGGACAUGAUCCAGAUGUCUUCUACAAUAGUCUUCUUGAAGGUGUCAGUGGCAUAAGUGAGAUAGAGGCUUUUGACUGUGCUCGAUUUCCCACGAAAAUUGCUGGAGAAAUAAAGUCUUUCUCAACAGAUGGAUGGGUCUCGCCAAAGCUUUCUAAGAAGGCAGACAAAUUUAUGCUUUACUUGAUCAGUGCAGGAAAAAAAGCAUUGGCAGAUGGUGGGAUUACAGAAGAAGUUAUGGACAAUUUAGAUAAAAGCAGAUGCGGGGUCAUAAUUGGCUCUGCACUGGGAGGAAUGAAAGUUUUUAAUGAUGCAAUAGAAGCAUUGAGGAUUUCGUACAAGAAGAUGAACCCCUUCUGUAUACCUUUUGCAACAACUAACAUGGGUUCAGCUAUACUAGCAAUGGAUUUGGGUUGGAUGGGCCCUAACUACUCAAUAUCUACAGCUUGUGCCACCAGCAACUUUUGUAUACUGAAUGCUGCAUAUCAUAUUAUGAGAGGUGAAACUGACAUGAUGCUUUGUGGUGGAUCUGAAGCAGCAAUUAUCCCCAUAGGCUUGGGAGGUUUUUCGGCAUGCAAGGUUCUGUCACAAAGGAAUAGUGAACCAACUAAAGCUUCAUGCCCUUGGGAUAUUAAUCGUGAUGGUUUUGUUAUUGGAGAAGGAGCUGGGGUUUUGCUCUUGGAAGAGCUAGAACAUGCUAAGAGAAGAGGUGCAAAUAUAUAUGCUGAGUUUCUAGGUGGAAGCUUCACUUGUGAUGCAUAUCACAUGACUGAGCCUCAUCCUGAUGGAACAGGUGUUGCUCUUUGCAUAGAGAAAGCCUUGGAUCAAUCUGGGGUCUGCAGAGAAGAUGUGAAUUACAUAAACGCCUAUGCUGCAUCAACACCAACAGGUGAUCUGAAAGAAUAUCGAGCUAUAAUCCGCUGUUUUCGAAAGAAUCCAGAGCUAAGAGUGAACUCCACAAAAUCCAUGAUUGGUCACCUUCUAGGAGCCUCAGGUGCUGUGGAAGCUGUUGCAACAAUCAAGGCUAUACAGACAGGAUGCAUCCAUCCAAACAUCAAUCUUGAGAACCCAGAUGGAAGUGUGGACAUGAAUGUGCUUGUUGGCCCCAAGAAGGAAAAGUUGGACAUAAAAGUUGCAUUGUCUAACGCAUUCGGAUUUGGUGGACACAACUCUUCUAUCUUAUUUGCACCCUACAAAUGA